CAGGCACACAGACACAUGAUAUCGCAAGACUUGCACACAAACAGACACUUAUUGAGUUUUCAAGAGGGUCCAUGUCUUCAGCUGUCAGAGGGAGUUGAGACUUAGAGGUGGAAGACUGGGUUUAGAAGAAUUGCAGAGGAGAGAAAGACACUGAUGAGGAGUGAGACAGAAGGGGAGACUGGGAGAGCUUUCUGAUCAAGCCUUCAUGUAGAGAUUGUUCAAAAAGACAGUGAGAGCCAGACAUAGGAAUGGAAAAGGACAAAAUCAAGCUAGUUAAUCUGCAUUUAGUUUAUUUUGACCUUCAUCUGGAUAGAAAAGGAAUUCCAUAUUGUCCGUUUAAGGGAGCUUCACUCUUGCUUCUACAACUGUUGAACAUGUGCUUGGUGACAAACUCAACUCGUUGUGUCCCUCAACCACAUCUAAGGAUGUUACCCGGGAGAAAAAAAUUGACUUUUUGAAACACACUGCAGCUUUUCAAGAGGCGGAUUUUUCAAUGUUUUUGACAGGAAUGUUGGUGGGAAAUACCAAGGAGGAUUUCCCUCAAAGCCUCAGACUUUCUCCCAGAUUCUCGCAGGGAUUGUCUUGCUGUUUUGGCUUUUCUUGUAAUUGCGGCAUCUUCGGUCCUCUCUGUUUGACAUAUCAUUCAUUUGAGCGGCAAUGGGAACCAGGUGCGGCGUGAGGAAAGCAGCAGGGUCGCGCGAAAGGAGACGGACAAGAGCACUCUAAUGUUCCCACCGUAGCUUUCAAAAGGAGAAGGAAACUAAGGAAAGCAGAGAAAAAAGUAGAAAGGGGGGAAAAGAGGGAGCGAGAGGAGGAGUGAAUAAAGGGGGGAGAAAUAUGAGUUUGCCAACAAACUGUGUAUUCAUGGCCCCCACCACGGACCGGUCGUUCAAAGUGCGGAAUGGAAAUAUCUGUGGAUCCCCGUGCGCAGUCAACCGGCCCAUUGACAUUGUCCAGAAGCGCAGGCGUUUUGAUGUGGAGAAUGGGCUGCCGGUGGGACGCAGCCCUCUGGACCCCCAGGCCAGCCCCAGCUCCGGCCUGGUCCUGCAGGCCAACUACCCCCACAGCCAGCGCCGCGAGUCCUUCCUCUACCGCUCCGACUCAGACUUCGACCUCUCACCAAAAGCCAUGUCCCGCAACUCCUCCAUGGCCAGUGAGCUGGAAGAGGGCUUGAAGCACUGGGAAGUCGGUUGGCUGCCGCGACAUGGAGAAGACAUGAUUGUGACACCAUUUGCACAGGUGCUCGCCAGUCUCCGAACAGUCAGAAGCAACUUUGCCGUCAUAACUCAUCUGCAGGAUCGGCCCAACAGGCGGCCGUCAGGCAGCAACACUCCCUCAAUGCCUACUCAUACCAAUCCAAGCAUACCAGAGGAGCCCUACCAGAAGCUGGCCAUAGAGACACUGGAGGAGCUGGACUGGUGUCUGGACCAGCUGGAGACCCUGCAGACCCGUCACUCAGUCAGCGAGAUGGCUUCCAACAAGUUCAAAAGGAUGCUGAACAGAGAGCUCACCCAGUUGUCAGAAACCAGCCGGUCAGGAAACCAAGUCUCAGAGUUUAUCGCCAACACUUUCCUAGAAAAGCAGCAAGAUGUGGAGAUUAUGUCUGGGCCUCUUAAAGACAAGGACAAGAAGAAGAGGCCCAUGUCCCAGAUUGUUGCGGUGAAGAAACCUGCCCUCAGCCCCAGCCUUGCCCCUACCCAGAUCCCCCGCUUUGGGGUCACCACCCUCCAUGAGGGUCUACUGGCAACGGAAUUUGAAGACAUCAACAGAUGGGGUCUAGAUAUUUUCAAGAUAGCUGAAUACUCGGGGAAUCGGCCUUUGACCGUGGUGAUGUACUCCAUUUUCCAGGAGCGAGAGCUGCUGAAGAACUUUAAGAUCCCAGCCGACACCUUUGUCACCUUCAUGAUGACCCUGGAGGACCACUACCACACCGACGUGGCCUACCACAACAACAUCCACGCUGCCGACGUGGUACAGUCCACUCACAUCCUCCUCUCCACCCCUGCCCUGGAGGCUGUCUUCACUGACCUGGAGAUCAUGGCUGCUCUGUUUAGCAGUGCCAUACAUGACGUGGAUCACCCCGGAGUGUCCAACCAGUUCCUCAUCAACACAAACUCUGAGCUGGCUCUGAUGUACAACGACGCCUCUGUCCUGGAGAACCACCACCUGGCCGUGGGCUUCAAGCUGCUGCAGGAGGACAACUGUGACAUCUUCCAGAGCCUCAGCAAGAAACAGGGACAGUCCCUCAGGAAGAUGGUCAUCGACAUGGUGUUGGCCACUGACAUGUCCAAGCACAUGAACUUCCUUGCUGACCUGAAGACCAUGGUGGAGACCAAGAAGGUGACCAGUCUGGGAGUGCUGCUGCUGGACAACUACUCAGACCGCAUCCAGGUCCUGCAGAACAUGGUUCACUGUGCUGACCUGAGUAACCCCACCAAGCCACUGGCCGUCUACCGCCAGUGGACGGACCGCAUCAUGAUGGAGUUCUUCACUCAGGGGGACAGGGAGAGGGACAAGGGCAUGGAGAUCAGCCCUAUGUGUGACAAACACAAUGCCUCUGUCGAGAAGACCCAGGUGGGAUUCAUAGACUACAUUGUCCACCCUCUGUGGGAGACGUGGGCAGACCUGGUCCACCCUGACGCCCAGGACAUUCUGGACAUGCUGGAGGACAACCGGGAGUGGUACCAGAGUAUGAUACAGCGCAGCCCCUCACCCACCCUCGAGGACAGGGACCUUGACGGGGUACCAGGGGCCCUGGAGGUCAUGGCGGGGGGCUGCUGCACCUCCACAGGGGACAAGUUCCAGUUUGAACUCACCCUGGAGGAGGAGGAGGAGGGCGACGUCGAGUCAGACCUGGAGAGCUCACCCGAGGAGGAGAUGUCACUGGAGGGAGAGACUUCUAGGAAGACCCCGGCACUGUCUCAAUCCCCAGAGCCCAGCAGCAGCAGCACCAGACACCGGCCCCCCUCCCCUCACCCUGGCCGGGCCCUCAGUCUGACCACCAUGUCAGUUAGGAGCCCCGGCCAUCUCAGGACGUUGAGCCCCGGGCUGGACGGGGACGACAGAGAUGAUAUGGACAGAGAACUGGGUCAGGAAGGCAAUAGUGUAGCGUACCUACGGCUUGGCACGUAACACCAACCCUAGCCCACCCAACACCUCAUUCAGUCCCUGCCUUGGUUCGUGGGUCCCAGCAGCAAUUGGACGUGCAGGGUGGGUUUUUUGACAACAGUCUGUAAUGACAACAGUCCCUUUACACUGAAGACACCUUUACACUGACCACUUUCCCUCCGUUUAAUCUUGUAGAACAAGAAGUAUCGUUAUAUCCUCUUUUUUUCUCCUUCUAUAAAUUGAUUCUAGGGAUAAAGUGUCAGAAACAGACUGCUGUAUAUGUCUAGCUGAUCAAAGGUAGAAAUAAUUACAUGGCUAACCAGUCUCACCAACGUCUCCUGAUGGAGCAAGGAAUUCUACUGAGAAAAUGUCUUCCUCAAAAUGAUGGAAUAUAGAUCUAUUCAAUGGAAUAUUGUAAGGAUUGUGAUCAAUUUACAGGGUCUUAGAACUGUUGCACCAUACAAUUAGGGGGGUUAUAUUUGUUUGAAUUCAGUAAGCAUAAACUAGUAUAUUUUAUUUAGUUUCUGAGAGUUCUGUGAAUGAUAAGUUUAACUAAAUCCAGUAUGUACCUGAAUAGUGAGAUAAUUGUGACUUAAACCUCAGGGUAUGGAGAGAGAAAUGAUUUUAAUGUAGCACAGACUUCUUGGGUGCCCCUUAACCUAGACUGCCUGUUUCGAAUUUUGUCUCUUAGAACUUCAAGAGGUUCAAGUUACACAAAAAUACAUAACUGAUUGACAUGUGUCUGGCGCCCUCUAUUGAUCUAAAUGAAGAGUUUGAGAACUAAAGCAAGUUAAUAAGUAUGGAGUAAGAAACAAACAGUACCAGUAUAAUUAUAUACAGUGGGGUCUGAAAUUAUUGACACCCUUGAUACAGAAUAAUUUAUAGGAAAUCUUUAGGGGUGUCAAUAAUUAUGACCCCUACCUUUAAGGGGGGGGGAGUCAUUUUUUAGCACAAAAUAUAGCUCAGUAUUUUUAUUAUUUAUUUUAUACAGUCAGUAUUGCUAUUCUUUAUCAAGGGUGUCAAUAAUUUCAGACCCCACUGUAUACAAGUCAAGCAUUUAAACAUUUCCUGAAGUACUGUGGUUGAUUGGGUUGUUUUAAAUCUAGACAAACACCACCACUACACUCAUAUUCGUAACAUUUGUAUUUGUUUUUAUGGGGUCAUGUUUUACGUUUGUGUCACAUUUUUAAAUCUGAUAUGAAAUGGUUGUUUUCUUUUAUAUAUUUGGGAUGUCUUCACUAUGUCUGUUUGUCUCUGUGCUUUGUAAGCAUAGUUAUCAGGGUGCCUCCACCAUCCAGUAGCACUUUACAAUCUCUGUUGUAAAUUAAUUCAGUUCUGAAGCGCUUGAGCCAAACCAUGAUUCUACUAGACAGCUUACUGAAGGUUGUGUAGAUCUGAGAGGAAUGGAUAGGUGUAAUAAAUGUGGUAAUAAUUCCACCUAACCUAUCAGAGUGGUUAAAUUGUCAUGUACUGUAGCUUAAACCUAUGAAAUCCUGUCAGAUCUCCACAAGUGUCUAGGGGCUAUGGGUUGUUUCUGGACAGGGCCGCAGAGUAGACUAAUAAGGUUUUUUGUCCAGUAGGGUGCGAUGCUUUGAAAGUUGCAGAUAGAAAUGUAGUGAACAGAGAUAUAAUAAUAAUAAUAUAUGCCAUUUAGCAGACGCUUUUAUCCAAAGCGACUUACAGUCAUGUGUGCAUACAUUCUACGUAUGGGUGGUCCCGGGGAUCGAACCCACUACCCUGGCGUUACAAGCGCCAUGCUCUACCAACUGAGCCACAGAAGGAGAUGAUAUGAUUCCCUGUAAAACACAACAGAAAAUAAUUUCCGUAUUGACAUUUGAUAACUUCCAAUUUGCCUGAAUAAGCCCCCAAUGUCUUGUUUAAUUUGUUCUUGAGGGGAAACAAGUUUAUAGGGAAAAUUGUGCCACAAGUGUUUGGAAUUUGAACCAAGGCAUCUGCCAGCCUAAGUCAUUAUGAAAGGUUUAACACAAUGUUCUCUCUGAACUGUUGAUUGUAUUCAUGUUAUUUGAUCAAUUGUUAGAAUUAUGCACAUUUUUUUCAUGGGAAAUGUCGCACCUUAAUACGUUGGAUGUAAAUGCUUCGACUUAAAUGCCUCAUUCAAUUUAGUCAAGUUGAUUAAUGUUCUGCUCUUCACAGGGAUACAGCUUUUAUCUACAGUAUGUGAAUGCCAAUUGACCACAGCAAAACACUGAAACAUCCAUUUUCCACCAAUGCUGUAUAACUUUCAACAAGUAUGCUACAGGGAAGGACCAACAGGAUUUGUAAGACGUUGGAGAAUAUGCUUGUACCCCAGAUGUACAGUACUAGUCAAAAGUUUGGACACCUUCUCAUUCAAGGGUUUUUCUUUAUUUUUUACUAUUUGCUACAUUGUAGAAUAAUAGCCAAGACGUCAAAACUAUGAACACAUAUGGAUUCAUGUAG